AUGCAUUUCUUCAUGGGUCUCUACAAGAAGAAGUUUACAUGGCACAACCACCCGAUUUUGUCCAUCCAGAUUUUCCUAAUCAUAUAUGCAAACUUCAUAAAGCAAUAUACGGUCCUAAACAGUCUCCUCGUGCUUGUCACUCGUACCAAAGAUGACUUAUUUCUUUCUCAAUCCAAGUAUAUUGACAAUAUUCUCACUCGGGCUGAUAUGCUUCAAGCAAAGCCAUUACACACUCCCGUAUCUGCUGCCUCAUCUCUUUCUAAACAUGAUGGUGAUCCUUUAUCUGAUCCAUUUCUCUAUCGUAGUAUAGUAGGGGCUCUACAAUAUCUUACACUAACUCGUCUUGAGUUAGCCUUUGCUGUCAAUCGAGCUUGUCAAUUCAUGCAAACUCCCACAUCUUCUCAUUAG